AUGCAGUCAUACACCAUCAUACCAUUAGAUGAUCAUCGUCUUCUAUUUCGGAAAUUUCGUGUGUCAAUCCCUCGUUUAGCUAAUUCACAAACAAUUCGGCAAUGUCAAGAUAAAAUUUUACAAGAUGAACUUGACUUUAAGCGACAUUGUUUACGUCAUUUUGCUAAACAUGUAGCUCCACUGGAGCAACAACUGAAAGAAAAUGUGCCACACAUGAUUUAUGUUGGUUUAAUGAUCAUUUCAGGAGAAAUUGUGAACAAAAGGAUGACAAAAAUUCAAGAUAAACAUAGCUCAAAACUGAAUCGUUUACGUGCAAUCGAUUCUUUUUAUAUUCCUGAACGUCGAACAGGUUUGAAUCCAGUCAAAAAUUUAUCAUCAUAUACUUUAUCGGAGGAUGAGCAUGAUGCUCGUAUUAAUGGAUUACAUCAUGUUUAUGCACCAGAAAAAUUUAAUCAACCACAAUUCAUAUGCGAUAUGGAAUAUUUUUAUUCUCGUCUACUCAAUAUUCGAACUCCAUAUCGACAUUACGAAUCAAAACCUGCAAAUCUGAACGUCCGUCAUCAAUUUACGCCGGCCGAAUUGAAUACAGCAUCCCACUUACGUCAUGUAGCCAAUAUUUUUCAAAAUGAAUGUACUCCUUAG